AUGUGGUUUUAUUUGAUUGUGUUUUUGAGUGUUGUUUGCACUGGUUUGACGAUCAACAGGCCCGUGUAUAAAAUUGUACUCAAACAAAAAGGAUAUGCGCAGUUUCUGCAAUACGAUAUUGAGACGCCCCCGCUGAGAGAAUUCACAAUAUGCACGUGGAUCCGCGUUUACGAACUGAACAGUGAUCAGAGUAUAUUCACAUACGUCGCGAAUGGCAACAACCGUGUUGUAAGGUUGUGGUUGGAUUCAGGAGGAAAGCACAUUAACGUGUCGAUCAAUGGCAAGGUGACGUCCAGCACAGCCGUGGAUAUUACAAAGGACGUAUGGCGACACGUUUGCUUGUCCUACCAAGCGGACUUCGGAGCGUGGGCACUCUACGUCGACUCCCGCCUUCUCUCCUGCCAGGCAUCACAGAGCCUUCUUGGAUACGUUCUACCCUCUGGUGGCAGCGUGAUUAUUGGAUAUGGGACAGCAGAAAAUGGUGCUCCUAAUGGAUUAGAAGGAGAAAUAUUUGGAACCAACAUGAUAUUGGCAUCGACUAUAGAAAGAAAUUAUACAAUAAAGAACGAUCCUCACUAUGCACAAAAGAAGUUCCAUAAAAACAAAAUGAAAAGCAGCAGCUCUCAUUUGAACUAUAUUGUUUUGAGCGAUUUACAAACUGGUGAACUGAAAAAUAAUUUCGAAACUACGCAAUUGCCAACCACCAAUGCAACGAGAAGUUUCAUAAAAUUUAGAACACCGCACAGCUUUAUUAGUCACGACGUUGGUUCAGAUCUUACUACUCAAAAAAUUUCCGCACCAGUUGUACCUAAAGAAUUUUUGGGCUUUCCAGACAAAAUCGAACAACCAGAUGGUCUGUCGUUUUGGAAUUUAAGUGAAAAUGAGCAUGCGGAUAAAUAUAACAUUCCAGAUAAAGUUCAGAGCCCAUACAAUGGAUCCAGCACCAAUCUUCCAAUCAUGUUAUCUGAGUUUGAAACCCCACCACCACCACCAUCAAAAUUCACAUAUUUUGCAACGACAUUAGAAAAGGAAACAUCUCCGGGAACCAGUCCAAAAUUUAGAGUGGUUACGGAGCCCAGUAAAUCAUCGGUGAAUAAAAAAUUUCCGGACGAAAUAUCUGAGAUGGAAACACCGCCACCUAUAGAAAGGAAUCCUAAAGUUUAUGGUCAAUGGACUAGUUCCAAAUUCGCUGGCAGCGUAUUAAAUUAUCUUAAAAAUAUUCGACAGCGUACCAGAGAACAGAAGAAAGUUCCGCAAACUAUCCCGUUGACAAAACUAUCUGACAGUUUUCCUUACGCAUCUGAGUUCAAAAUAAAUAAAAUCCGCCCACCAUUCCAAUUCCAACGUAGAAAUUUAGUUGAAAAACAGUUUGAUACGAACAAAAGAAGUCCUCAAAUUAAUGUACAAAUAUUGGAGGACGAUUUAAGACAUCACAUUAUAAAAACACAUGCACAAACUCAACCUAAACAAGUUGAAAUCACAAAUAGAGGAAUACGAAAGAGGAAACAUGAACGCAGAUUUUACAGAAAUGCCGAAAUGACCAGUGGUGAAAGUAAUGAGAGCGCUGAAAAUCCUUACAGCCCGCAGCUGUUAAAUACAAGAAAACCAAAAAAUACAGCAGACUUAACAUUACAAACAAAUAAAUUACUGUCUAUUCUUCCAUUUUUAAAGUCGUUAGAAUACUUUGUUGAGAAUUCUGGUAACUCUAACUCGAACAAGGACGAUAAGACUGAUAUGUAUACAAGAAGUUUAUCUGCAGGUAACAAAUGGCAUAACGUUAAGUCUUAUAAUAACGACUACACACCGCGAGAAGUAAAAAUUGACCCUCAAAGUGGACAAAGUGCUAUCGACGAAAAAAUAGCAGAAGUUAACAAAAGGCAUCCAGGUGUCCGCCAUAAUUAUAAACACGAAAACCAUUUCCCUCUACCGUACAAAGAGGAUCCUACUUUGCAGAAAGGUCGAGCACUAGCUGCGGAAGUAUCAAAUCAAUCGAAUUUCAACAAAGAUUCCAUUUCUAUAUUAAAAUACAAUCACGGAUUUUUGCCUGGACACAAUAAAAAAAUAAAAAUGGCUGACAAGCAUCGCUUAGUGAAAGGAAAAACUCACAACAGUCGGAAAAACAAUUUUAACAAGCACAUUAAAAUAGGAAAUGCAUUAAAUGAACGUCACAUUAUUGGUGCUAAUGCUGAGGAGAAUAAACAAAGUUUUGUUGGUGGAAAUGAGAACAUACCAGAUAUAAAUAAAUAUAGAUCUGAGACUGAUUAUGCGGAUUCUACAGUUCCAGGGUCUUUGGGGCCAAGGGUGUGUAGAAACAUUGAAUUGUACGACCGCGUAUUGUAUGUGCAGACUGAUGGGAGUAUCGACAUGUCACACAUAUUAUCUCCGGUUAAAAUGAAGAAUAUUGGAAUAGAGUUUAUUCUGCAAAAUUACAAAAAGUGUUCGCUGCAGGAUUCAGAAUUGCAGCGCAAUCCAAUGCUGUAUAUAGACUGGAGUAGAACACCAGUUAGAUUAUUCGGUGGUUCGUAUCCGAAAACUACAACAGAUCUAUGUGGAUUCUUUUAA